AUGGAUGGCGGAAGAAGAGUUUAUCACAGAUUCGGCCAGUCGGCUUCGAGUGGUUACAGUAAUAAUAAGCAGCAGAAGGUAUGUUACCAUUGGAGGCAAGGCAAGUGCUCGCGCUUCCCUUGUCCGUUUCUGCAUAGCGAGUUACCAGGGGCGAACAAUGGGGAAUCGUCAAAGCGUGCUCACCAGGGAUUUGAGGCGGGCAUUAGUCAGGGCAGCGGGUUGCGGCGGAGCGGGAAUUCUUAUUUUAAUAAUACAUGGGGUAGAGUGCAAGGACAGGGUGGUGGUAGUAGUAAUAGGGUGAUUAAGAAGAUGGAGAAAUUGUGUAAUCAUUGGUUACAAGGGAACUGUAAAUUUGGAGAUAAUUGUAAGUACUUACAUCAGUGGUCUACUGGGGAUUGCUUUUCUCUUUUGACUCCUCUUGAAGGCCACCAGCAGGUUGUUACUGGGAUUGCCUUGCCUAUGGGAUUGGAUAAGCUUUACACGGGGAGUCAAGAUGAGUCCGUUAGAGUUUGGGACUGCCAAUCCGGUCAGGUGGUCGGGGUAGUGAAUGUAGGAGGUGCAGUAGGCUGUAUGCUAAGUGAAGGCCCAUGGCUAUUUGUGGGUUUGACUAAUCUUGUCAAGGCAUGGAACAUUCAAACAUCUAUAGACCUAAGUUUAAAUGGACCUGUUGGACAAGUAUAUUCCCUUGUCAUUGGCAAUGAUAUGCUCUUUGCCGGUACGCAGGAUGGGACUAUAUUAGCAUGGAAAUUCAAUGUAGCCACUAACUAUUUUGAGCCAACUGCCUCACUCAAGAGUCACACUCUUGCUGUUGUUACCCUGGUUGUUGGAGCUAAUAGAUUGUACUCUGGUUCAAUGGACCAUUCUAUAAGAGUAUGGAGCCUUGAAACUUUGCAGUGUCUACAAACUUUGACAGGGCAUACAGAUGUUGUGAUGUCUGUAUUGUGUUGGGACCAGUUCCUUUUAUCAGCCUCGUUGGAUAAAACAAUCAAGGUUUGGGUGGCAACUGAAAAUGGGAGCUUGGAAGCAACUUAUACCCACACUGAGGAACACGGUGUACUCACACUUUGUGGGAUGCAUGAUUCAGAAGCCAAACCAGUUUUGUUUUGCUCCUGCAAUGACAAUACCAUCCGCGUUUAUGAUUUGCCAUCUUUUUCGGAGAGGGGAAAGAUCUUUUCAAAGAAAGAGGUUCGAGCCAUACAUAUUGGUCCUAGUGGUUUGUUUUUCACUGGUGAUGGAUCUGGUCAAGUGAGAGUAUGGAAGUGGUCAGCAGAACCAACUGCCAUAUCAUGA